AUGGUUAUCUUGACAGUUUAUACUAAUCACAUCAAAGUAAAAUACAAAAGUACGUUGCUCUCUAAGGCGACGUUUUUCGUGUUCGCGUUUGUAAUGCUUUCCAUAGUUUUGCCGUUUAUAUUUGCUUACAAAAGCGGAGGAUUCUGGCUGAAGAGGGACAUAUUUUACGAACAGCCUAAUAUAAACCUAAGAGGUGAUUACCUUGUGAUAGCUGCAACAACUAAUUCAAGCAGUCCAAUUAUUUGCAGCACCUUCGCUUAUUAUAAGGAAAAUCUCGACUUCCUGGAUGUUUGUUCAAUAAUUAGGCUACGGGAAAUCGACGUUAAUUUGGAUGGUAAAACAGACAAGAUAAGUUUUAAUGUACUCGUAAACACUUUCGACAAGAAAAUUACUUCAAUCAAUUUGUUUCUUCCAAUAAAUUACAAAUUAAGCACCGUUUGUCCUGUUCAAAUGCAAUCAGCUAUAAUAUACCAGCAUUACUUCCAUACCAGUGUAACUGAUAUUAAAAUUUUGGGCGACUUGUCCUUAUUCCAAUCCAUUCCAAUUCACUGUUAUAAAAAAGGAGUUUACGAUAUCUAUGAUUACUCUGUUAUUGAAGGAGCUGAUGAAGGCUACGAGUUGGAAAGCAUUAUUGGGAGAUACUGGGAAAGAAACGUUUCAACACAACUAUCAAACAUAUAUACAAAUGUUGUAAGUGGGCGAGGAGACAAGUUUAAUUUAAAGUUAACCGUUCGGUAUCCAGAACAUAAAAUCUACUACAAACCGGGCUUUUGGCAGAUAAUGAAAUGGGCGUGGAUGCAGUACUUCGCCAUAUACAUAAUAAUAGCAUGGUUUGUAAGUGGCAUAAAAAGAUACAUUUUUAAUAAUAGGUUAGUCUUGUUCUACAAAGAUGCUGCUUUAGAAAAAAAGUAAACGAAGUUCAACAAAAACAUAAUUCCACUUAGUUGUUCCAUCUUUGACCAAACU